AUGAUUGCUAUUGGGAUGGAGGGCUCCGCCAACAAGCUUGGUGUUGGCAUCAUGCUGCAUCCCGAGGACGGCAGCCCACCGCGAGUCCUCGCCAACAUUCGCCAUACAUAUGUAUCACCACCGGGCGAAGGAUUCUUGCCCAAGGAUACAGCGCGCCAUCAUCGAGCGUGGGUAGUCAAACUGGUCAAAAAGUCCUUGAAGGAAGCCCAGGUCUCAGUAGCAGAUGUGGAUUGCAUUUGCUUCACCAAGGGUCCCGGAAUGGGUGCCCCGCUUCAGAGCGUCGUGGUGGCUGCGCGGAUGCUCAGCUUGCUUUGGAAUAAACCUUUGGUCGGUGUCAACCAUUGCGUUGGACACAUCGAAAUGGGCCGACUAAUCACCGGCGCCACCAACCCCGUUGUUCUCUACGUCUCAGGUGGAAAUACACAAGUCAUCGCUUACAGCUCUCAAAGAUAUCGGAUCUUUGGCGAAACCCUGGAUAUCGCUGUUGGCAAUUGUUUGGAUCGAUUCGCGCGCACCCUGCAUAUCUCGAAUGACCCCGCCCCCGGAUACAAUAUCGAGCAAUUGGCCAAGCAAGGCAAACAGCUUGUGGAUCUACCGUACGUGGUUAAAGGCAUGGAUGUCUCCUUCUCGGGACUCUUGGCUGCAAUCGAUGGUCUCGCGGCGCAAUGGGACCUAGGGGGCGAGGAUGCGGCGAACGAAGACUUGAGGGCGCAAGAUCCUCAGAGUGAUGCCGUCCAUAUCCCGCAGACUGAUGGCAAGCCCACGCGGGCAGAUCUAUGCUUCUCGCUGCAAGAAACAGUGUUCGCCAUGCUGGUAGAGAUUACCGAGCGCGCAAUGGCGCAUGUUGGGUCCAAGCAAGUCUUAAUCGUGGGCGGUGUAGGCUCGAAUGAACGAUUGCAAGAGAUGAUGGGAGUCAUGGCGCGCGAUCGGGGCGGUAGCGUCUAUGCUACUGACGAGCGGUUCUGCAUUGAUAAUGGCAUUAUGAUUGCCCAGGCUGGUAUGCUGGCAUAUCAGACGGGAUUCCAGACCCCUCUGAAGGAAUCCACCUGCACUCAACGAUUCCGAACAGACGAAGUGUUUGUCGAAUGGCGGGAAGACUGA